CGUCAGCGGACCAGCGCGGCGAUCAUCGCAUGUAAGACGCGCAGUGGCAAAAACAAAGGCGCGCAAAGCCAGCGGCGCUAGAGCCCUGCAGAAAAUUUCAGCCCGACCUGCCUCACUUUUGCACAGUGAUCUACGUGAGCUUGUGCUUGUUCAUCAAUCAUCUGCAUUUAUUUAGGUUUAGAAAGUAAUCUAGUUCCUCCAUCGAUACUUCUGAUGUGCGACCUUAUUUCUCAGUUUGCAGGUCACCUGUCCUUGUCCUUCCCAUCAAGUACAAAGUAGAAGUAAGCAUAUGAGGUAGGUACAUUAAGUCGUCUUCCCCAUCGUCCUCAUGCCGUUCCCAAGUAAGCGUAUCCCAUUCGUCCUCUUUUGCGCGUUUCACCAAUAGAGUCUUUUAGCUCCGCGACUCACAUAGAGCCAUAGAGGUAGCAACCUCUAGAAAGAGAAUAGACCUUUUUGCUUUUUCUUCAUCACCAUGAAGGCUUUGCUUCGAGCAGCGAAGGAGCGCGGGCCGACCAACAUCAAGCAACACACGUCGCACCGCGAUGGCACUCAGAAUCAGCCCGGCGGAGGGAGAAUAUCGAACGAAAAUCAAGGAGAAGGAAGAGGAGCACCUUCAAUAGAAAACGCACAAGUGAUUCACACUCUCUCGUCAGCCUCGAAAGAGCAUAAUUAUGCCGCAAAUAGCGCACGAAUCGAACAAUCACACCAGCAGCAGCAGCAGCAGCAGCACGAAAUUCCAUCCCCAAAGUUGCAGCAAGGCGUGCUUUCCAUUGCCGAGCGAGUUGGAGGAGGAACCACGGCGCCCAAAGAACAUCACUACAGCUCUAGCAAUGGAAAUACCUUCUCUGUCAACCACGAGGAGAUCAUCAUCGACCUUGCCGGAAGAACCUCUCGCAGCUCCGCGUCCUCGACAGCGAGCGCGAACUCAGCGUCGUCUUCUACACUCCACCCAAACGUCCGCGUCUACUCAGAAGUGAUUUCGGCAGAAGAUGAAAGGAAGAUCUUGGAGUUUUUGGAUUUACGGUACGGGAGUGGAGGAUCAUCAAGAAACUCAAGCGCAGCUGCUCCGGCAAAUUGUCCGAAUGCGGGAGCGGGCGGGAACGGAGUUGUUCAUUCUAGCGACGUCGCCUCUACUCAUGACGUACAAGGGCAUCUUCCAGGCAGGUCCAGAAAAAACAAUUACUGGACGGAGCUUCGCGGGAGAAAGGUUUUGAAACUCGGCGGGGAGGUUCUGGCAGACGGAUUGCAUCUUCCAUGUAAAGCUACAGUGCCUACACAAGAAGAGAUUGAAAAUCCAGCGGCACCAACACCAAUAGACCAGACGGGCUCGUCGUCGUCCAGGGCAGCACAGCAUCCUCGUGCCUCCGAGAAUUUGAAUUUCCUCGACGGCCAAGACCACUGUGGUCAAGAUGAUCCUGAGGACUUCUCCUUUCCACCAUUCCUGAGGCCAAUAGCAAAGCAAAUCGGAGCCCGGUUUUUUCCAUCCGCAGCGCACUGUCCGAACCACUUGCUGAUCAACUGUUACCAGCCGGGUGACGGGAUUAUGCCGCACCAGGACGGACCACUGUACCACCCGAUAGUUGCGAUUUUGUCGUUGAAAAGCCAGAUCGUGUUCGAUUUUAUCGCAGAUGCAGAGCAGGAUGGGGGGGCCGAGGCGAAUAAGGAUGAAGGAGUACAAUUAGAAGACAACGCCGAGGUUGAUGUACAUGAUCCAGCGGCAACUUCAAUCACAAAAAGCAAAACCACGUCCCUUUGUCUCCCACGCAGGUCUUUGCUGAUUUUCGAAAAAGAAGCGUAUGAGAAGUGCAAGCACGGGAUUUCCUUCCAGAAGUUUGAUUUUGAUGCGGGGAACGAAGCCUGGGAAAAACGUGGAGAAAGGAUCAGCUUGACGUUUAGAUACGUGCCAUUGGCAAUGCCAAUGGGUCAACAGGAUAGCAGCUUCUCUUGCUCCGCGGGAGAAGAAAGAAGUAGUACUACUGCGAGUUCUUGUACUAGCGGGACACAAAUUGCUGCACUAGGAACAACAUCUACACCAAGUUGAGGAUGGCCGCCCAACAUGGAACUGUUCAUCCUUCUAGUGCUACGAUUGAAAAAGCCAGCAUGAUUAGUUUUUCUUAAAAUGCUGCAUUUUUUUCAUUUGGAUAUUUGUCUAUUAGUCCAAAAAAUUGCAGCACACGCAAGGCCAGGUUUUUACUGACGAAGUGUUCUUUGGGAGCAAAGAACAUAUGAAGUUUGCUGCGUAGUUUUUUACCAUGAA